CCUCGCCUGUGAUAGUUUCCAUCUGGGAUUGUCGGAAAAACCCCGCAAUGCAUCCUCUCUGUGCUUUGCUUUUUUUAGCUGGCAUAAUUGCAUUCUCGGACCUGACUGCCGCAGAGCUCUAUGCCGCCACCGGGGGUUGUCCCCUCGGCCAGUUCCCGUGCGGAAACCUGUCGGUGUGCUUGCCCCAGCUGCGGCACUGCAACGGCGUGAAGGACUGUGAAAAUGGCGCAGACGAGGAGAACUGCGUGGACAAUAGUGGAUGGCCUCAUCUCUUUGAUGCAUUUCUAAGGAAAAACAUAGAGGAGUCAAAGGAAUGUUUGCUGGAUGUAUUUCCAGAAGCCUGUGAGUGUGAAGCCAAGAAAGUGAAUUGUAACAGCAGAGAUCUUCAGCAUGUGCCUGCAGUAUCUUCCAAUAUCACUGCAUUUGAAUUGAACAGCAAUCGGAUCACAUCUCUUCCACCACAUCUCUUUAUACGAUAUAAAAAUCUGGAAAGACUGCACUUGCAAAAUAAUAGCAUCCACACAAUAUCGAACCGGGCCUUCUCAGAAUUGUAUAAUCUAAGGAAACUAUUCCUCAGCCAAAACAGGAUCACUAUGCUAAAGGCUGCCAUCUUCCGGAACCUUCACAAUCUAGAAUGGUUAAUUCUGGACGACAAUCAAAUAUCAUCUGUAAGACAGGAGUCAUUCACAGGGCUCAAAUCGUUGUUUUUCUUGUCAUUGCUGAAUAAUUCAAUUGAGCACUUACCGAACAAUUCCUUCUGCCAGGAAAUGCCAAGGUUGAAUUGGCUGGAGAUGGAAGGGAAUCUCAUCUCAACGUUACACAGUUCCAGCUUUCAAGAGUGCAGAGCUCUCACUGUCUUAGCUCUUCGUAGAAAUCACAUAGAGAUGAUUGAAGAGGGAACAUUUUCCACAAUGCAAAAGCUCAUAGACUUGGAUUUAUCGAUGAAUAGAAUUCAGGAACUACCCCCAUCUUUGUUUCACAAUCUGUGGAACCUAAAGCAAUUGAACAUCUCACAUAACCCCCUGUCUCACAUCUACCAGGAUCAGUUUGACAACUUAGUACACCUGCAGUCACUGGGAAUGGAGGGAACAGAGAUCCCAAACAUCAGCAUCAGAAUGUUUCGGUCUCUUGGAAACCUCUCUCAUAUAUACUUUAAGAAGUUUGAAUACUGUGGUUAUUCCCCCAAUGUGAGGAGCUGCAAACCCAAUACCGACGGGAUAUCCUCCUUCGAAAAUCUGCUGGCUAAUAUCAUCCUGCGGGUCUUUGUCUGGGUGGUGGCUUUCAUCAUCUGUUUCGGCAACGUCUUCGUUAUAUGCCUGCGUUCCUGCAUCACGUCUAACGACCACCACCAUACCAUGUCCAUCAAGUCACUCUGCUGUGCAGAUUGCCUGAUGGGAGUCUAUCUGUUCUUCAUUGGCGCCUUUGACAUUAAGUACUGUGGGGAGUACAACAGGAACGCCCAGUUCUGGAUGGAGAGCACACAAUGUCAGCUCAUUGGCUCCCUGGCCAUGCUGUCCACCGAGGUGUCUGUUAUGCUGCUAACGUACAUGACCCUCGAAAAGUAUAUCUGCAUCGUGUUCCCCUUCCACAACUACCGGGCUGGGAGGAAGCAGACUCUCUUAAUUCUCAUCACCAUCUGGGCCCUUGGCUUCAUGAUAGCCGUCGUCCCGUUCUGGGACAGGCAGACGUUCGGUAACUAUUAUGGCAAAAAUGGAGUCUGCUUCCCUCUCCACUCUGACCUGACAGAGAAACCAGGGGCAAGGACAUAUUCCACUGGAAUAUUCUUGGGCUUGAAUCUUGUUGCUUUCAUUAUUAUAGUAUUCUCCUACACCAGCAUGUUUUAUUCAGUAAGGAGAACUGGAUCCAAAACUGCUCGGCAGACGAUCUUUGAUGAAGAAGUGGCAAUAGCCAAAAGGUUCUUCUUUAUAGUGUUCACGGAUGCCUUGUGCUGGAUGCCUAUAUUCCUUCUUAAAAUUCUGUCUUUGUUACAAGUGGAAAUCAGAGGCACAGUCAUCUUGUGGGUAGUGAUCUUCAUCCUGCCCAUCAACAGCGCCCUUAACCCCAUCCUCUACACCAUCACCACAGCCGCCUUCCAGGAGCGUCUCAAGCUUUGCCUGCAGCUGAAAUGGCAGCAGCUGGGAGUAAAGGAGACAUCACACAGCGUAUCGAUGAUCUACACACAGACCAGCACCCUUUAACAGGAGCCAAUGACGUACCUCACAUAUCACGUCGAAUUAAAUCUAAAUUUAUUUACGAAAUGCACAACAGUACAGCAAACGGCGGUAGGUGCAGGCAAUGAAAUGAGUUUCCCUGAGAGCUGCCUACAAUAAAUUAUAGUGAUUUAUAAGAGAAAUUAAUAAGUAAAAUAGUAAAUAGCAAAAAAUAUUUGCAACAAAACAAACAAAUAAAUAAACGGAAUGUGCAAAUUCUCAAUAAUAAUGGGCAGAACAGAUAUUAAGUAGCCUCACUGCCUGAGGGUAGAAACUGUUGCGGAGUCUGUGACUCCCCGCUCCGAUACAGUAGGACUGAAAAGGGCUUGUGGUUGGGAUGGCUAGGGUCUUUGAGGUUGGACCUGGCCUUCCUGAGGCACCGUCGAUGUCUCGGAUGUCAGGCAGGUUGCAGCCGGUGAUUAUCUAUGCCAUAUACUAACGCGGUGACAUGAGAAGGGGUCCCGAGUGACGGGGAUAGAGCCUGAUGAGGAAGUGGCCUUUCUGAAAUGGAAGCACAAUGUCACUAACAGUAUUAGAUCGGACACAUGGUGCCGAUAGCUGGCUCACUGGGAGAAGCCAUGAAAUGCAAAAUUACUGCAGUUAUUUCCGACCUGCUGUCCUGUUUUUGUGGUUAAUGGUUCCGUCUACCACCACAUACACAUGUGCAGGAGGGAAAGGCACCCGUGUAAAGAGGAAGGGAGUGUUUCAAUAUUGAUCACACUCUGCACUUAUGACUACGGUGUCAGGGAGAAAGAGUAUCCGUUUCUUACUUUGCUUGUCAAUGGGGCGGUGCCCUCAAAGGUCUGCCAAUUGUACCCUUAGCUGUAAGUAUAUAUACCUUAAAAGGUACAGAAGAGGGUUCUGAGAAAUACUUUUGUACCAUUGGGGGUACAUUAAUGUUGUGGGGAUGUUUUUCAGCUCUAGGGUACAAUUGACAGUCUUUUGAGGGUACAACCCCAGUGACAAGAAAAGGUACAAACUGGUACUCCUUCUUUCUGACAAUGUCUAUGAAAAAAAAAUAUUUAUUGAUGGUUCCACAUGCAAUUUCCUGUCGCAUUACAUAAGAACAUAAAAAAUUUACAAACGAGAGGAGGCCAUUCGGCCCAUCAAGCUUGGGGAGAAUUUAACUAAUACCUCAGAGUUGUUAAAAUCUUAUCUAGCUCAGAUUUAAAGGAACCCAGGGUUUUAGCUUGCGCUACACUAACAGGAAGACUAUUCCAUACUACACGCUGUGUAAAGAACUGCUUCCUCAAAUUCAUUUUAAAAUGUUCUCCCACUAAUUUCCACAAAUUUGUAACAAUUGAUAACAAUGUCAAGAUAACACAGUAUGUGUUAAGUACGCUGCCGUUUGGUGGCUAAUGGCAGCUUGUUAUGUUUAUUAUUAAUUGUGCGGUAUAGCAGUGUAGCAGUCCACUUCUUGCUUCCACUUCUUGUGCAAUGUCAUGAAAACCAAUUCGGUACCCUGUUGUCCCUAAUCCACUCUAACUGCAUGAGUUAACUGCAGGGAAAUUCUAUACAUGUGAAUCACACCAUACCAUCCAUCCAUCUUCCAAAUGCUUAUGCUGGUCACAGUCUCUGAGUACCAUAUGUUCACAUAUACCAAGGAAUAAGAAGCAUCUAAUAAUGAUUAAUGUCUAUCUAAUAAAAACCAGCAGUAUUGCCAUUAUGAUGCUUAACUCAGUACUCUCAUGUAUUAAUCUUUAUUCACAUUUGAUUUAUUGAACAGUAAUGUUAAGCUGUAUUCAAAAUUCAAAUUCAAAAAUCCCAAAUAAGUACUGAAUGUAUAUUAUACAGUAUAUACAUAUGUUUAUACUGGAUAUACACACAUACUAGGCUCUGGACCCCUCGCAACCCUUGAUAGGAGAAACGGUUUCAGAAAAUGGAUGGAUAAACAUAUAUACACACACACACACACGCACACGUUUGCAUUCAUAUGUGAGGACCAUCCAUUCAUUUCUGUGGGCAAAUCCCUAUUGCCAGCAAUGAUGACGUUAACCCCUUCCCAGCCCUAAGCGUAACCAUAAGUAAAUAAACAAAAUACAAGACUUUUGCUUA